AUUUCGCAAGACAUCAACGGAGUUAAACGAUCGCGUACAAACAAGAAAUAAAUAAAAAAAAAAAAACAAAGAAAAAAAAACCGACUGACUGUUAAGUGAAUCAAAAUCAAUUGGUUUAAAUUUUAACAUUCAAUAGUGGUUUAAGCGCAGAUUUGUUUUUCUUUUAUUGGGCCUUUGUUUUUUUGCUAUACGCUAUACGUUGUUGGAAAACCACAACAACGUAAAUCUAAGCGACAAUGAAUUGGACCUUGUAUGGAUCGAAAAAGAAGGAUGGAAGUGAUGUGAGCAAUGCUUUGGUGAGACAAGAUCCCCGCACUUCGGUCAAGACUACUUCCGCUCAGGCGGAAACCACCAAUACCACCACACAAAACGCCACCAUUUUCAAUAGCAAUGCCCAAACCGUUACUUAUCAAACGACCAAGCAAACGGUGACUUCCCGGCAAACGGCCCGCAUAACGGAAAUCACCACACGACGCACUCCCACAUCUCAAGAACUCGAGGAGAUGUUGCGUUCAAUGCAUCUGAACAAAAAGCCCGAAACAAAAACUUUCACCUCCACAACGACAACAUCGAAUGUACCCCUCCGACGUAAUCGUUCCAGCAAUUUGCCAGCUUUGGCAUUGUCAUCUCAACGUAACUCCAUUAAUAAUAUAAGCAGCAAAAGUACGCCGAAAUUCAAGAGCAGUGCUUCGCCCAUAUCGCGUAAUAUCUUCAAUUAUGACUCACAACCCGGCACAAAAACCGGCGGCGGCAGUGGAGCUGAUGGAUCUAAACCAGCGAUAACACCAACAUUGGUAAAAACACAAACCACCACAGUAUCGGAGAAAAAUGGACGCACCAUUACACAACAUGUGGAAGAGCAUAAGGUGAAAUUCGAUGCGAAAAACUUUACAUUGUCUACUCCCAAUUCGCCGCUAAGUAAAAAUUUAAUGAGUGAAGACAAAUCAAAAUUUUCAAACAUGGGUGGUGGGCUUUUAGGUUUGGAAGCAUUGCCAGCUUCAAAGACAACAGCGACAACGACCAAAACAGUGACCCCUACUCUUAGACCCUUAACCACCACCACUUCCGCUAGCACAUACACCUCUCCCUAUAACCAAAGACAAAUAAGUCAGGUGACUAGCUUAACCCCGAAAACCACUAACACCGCUACUUCCGCCACUUCCGCUAGCACAUACACCUCUCCCUAUAACCAAAGACAAAUAAGUCAGGUGACUAGCUUAACCCCGAAAACCACUAACACCGCUACAACUAAAUCAGCGUUCAUCACUAACUAUAAACCGGGUACUAACUCAAAUUCAACCCUUCCUACUACAACCAAACCGAUCUCUUCGUUUAACUUGACAAGCCAACCCAAAGCCACCACGACCACCAACAGCAGUGGCAACAAUACAUCCAACAAACCAGGGUCAUUAUUUAGUUCCUGGGGCUCAAUUGACAGUAAACCCGAGCCUAUUACCAGCGUCACCACUAAGACUUUUCCAACUUCCCCACGACCCAGUUUCACGUCAACAGCGUCUUCCAUGCCCACAUCUAAGUCUAAACCAUCGGCAAAGCCUGGAUAUGCCUACAUCUUCAACCAUGUCAUCUUUGAUAACGCUGAGGAGCGCAUAGGUAGCUCGGAAGAUGUCAAAGCUUUGGUGGACACUUUUGAGCAUUUCCAAAUGAAAGUAGCCCUCAUUGAGAAUGCCAAAGUGGAUAAAAUCAGAAAGACUGUUGAAAAAAUUCAAGCCAAAGACUUUAGCGAGCAUGCGUGUCUGGUUAUUGUGAUAUUAAGCCAUGGUAACCGUUACGAAGCGAUUUCUGCCAAGGAUGGUCACUAUUCCAUAGAUGAUCAUGUACUCUUUCCCAUACUGCGAAAUUCCACACUGAAUGAUAAGCCUAAAAUGUUUUUCGUUCAAGCGUGUAAAGGUGACAUGGAAAGUACUGGCUAUUAUAGGGAUGCUACUUGCGUUUCACCACCAGGCAAUGCGAAUGAAAUUCUUAAAUGUUACAGUACAUUUGAAGGAUUUGUAGCAUAUCGCUCCGAAAAGGGUUCUAUUUUCAUACAGGCUUUGUGUAAAAAUCUUAAAAUGUAUGGAAGUCAAAAAAACAUUAAAGAUAUCAUGGAGACGGUAACACAAAUUGUUAAACAACAAUCACAACAAAAACAAAUUCCAGCCUAUACUAGCACUUUGACUAAACCAUUUAAGUUUGGAGAUUAUGUUAAGAUGAAAUAAUUUAGGCUAUAAUUAUUUUGAAUCAAUGCUGUGAAUGUGUGUGAUACCACUGAUUACUAGGAUAAGAAUAAUUCUUAAAAUUUAGUAUUAGUCAUGAAAUAUGCAAUUGAAGUUUUGUAUGUUAAAAAAUAUUUUUAUAAAAAAUGCUUAGAUUAAGAUAAUUGUUCAUUUUAUGCUAUUUCUAACUAUUAUUGGCUUACUACCAUACUUUCUCAUAGCCCGUCACACAGCUUAGUGAAACAGCUCUCAAUAGUUAAAACGACAAUACAUAUUUACAAAAAAAUUUAUUAUAUUGCUUUAAUUACUUAACUUAUAGCAUAUUGCGUAAAGUAUA